CGGCGCAGCCUGUUGCUCGUUCCUCCGGGCCGCCGCUUCCCGCCCGGUGCCCAGGGCCAGGCGGCCCGAGGGGUGCCGGUGCGCGGGCGGCCUCCCGCCUUCCCCUCUCCCCGCCCGCGGCUGGACCCCAGCAUCUCCGGGAGCGCGGGCGCCGGCCAGCCUCCCCGCGCGCCCCGGCCGGCGCGCCGAGACCCCGGGCGCCGAGCCGCGAUGAACGCGACCUUCCUGAACCACAGCGGCCUGGAGGCGGCGGGCGGCUUGGGCGGCGGCGGCGGGGCCACCCUGGGGAACCGCAGCCACGGGCUGGGCACGUGGCUGGGCUGCUGCCGGGGCGCGCCGCUGGCCGCCACCGACGGGGUCCCCGCGGGGCUGGCGCCCGACGAGCGCAGCCUGUGGGUGUCGCGCGUGGCGCAGAUCGCUGUGUUCUGCGUGCUGUCGCUCACCGUGGUCUUCGGCGUGUUCUUCCUGGGCUGCAACCUGCUCAUCAAGUCGGAGAGUAUGAUCAACUUUCUGGUGGAGGAGCGCCGGCCCUCCAAGGACGUGGGCGCCGCCAUCCUGGGGCUGUACUGAGGCCGCCUCGCC